AUGGGCGGAAGCGCGGCGCGGUGACAGCUGGGUAAAUUCACCGACAUCCAGGAAGAAAAAGACGAAUCCCAGUCUGGUCGUUGCACACUCCUACGGCAAAAUUGACAGGAGUAUAAAGGACCAAAUCACUGCUUGACUAGUUUGGCAGGUAUGGCAGAGUUGGCGAGUCUGGUGCAGCGGUUGGAGGUGGCGGUGGGCCGCCUGGAGGUUAUGUCGGGCCCUGGGGGCAGCACUGGACCCUCUGCCGGGGGAGCAGUAUCAGUGUAUGUUGAAGCCUUCGAUGAGAUCGUCAGCGGUCCUGUGGCCCAGUACAUCUCCCUCAGCCAGAAGAUAGGGGGCGAUGUCCAGAAACAUGCGGAAAUGAUGAAGCAGGCAUUCUCCAGUCAGAGACAGCUCCUCAUAACAGCCUCCUCCUCCCAGAAGCCCUCUGAUGCAGUCUUGACAACUCUCCUGCAGCCGGUGUCCAAAGCGAUCCAGCAGGUGCAGGCUUUUCGCGAGCAGAACCGCACCUCGCCGCACUUCAACCACCUCUCCGCCGUCAGCGAGAGCGUGCCUGCCCUCGGAUGGAUCGCCAUGGCUCCUAAACCAUGCCCCUAUGUUAAGGAGAUGCAGGAUGCCGCUAUGUUCUACACCAACCGUGUGCUCAAGGAAUACAAGGAGAAGGACAAGACACAUGUAGACUGGGUGAAGGCCUACGUCUCCAUCUGGACUGAGCUGCAGAACUACAUCAAAGAGCACCAUACCACUGGACUGACCUGGAGCAAGACUGGUCCCAUAGCCUCAGCCUCUGCAGCUCCCCCCAGUGCUCCUGCAGGUGGAUGUCCUCUCCCACCUCCUCCUGGUCCACCUCCACCCCCCAUGAACUUGAGUGGACCUUCUGGCGGCAGCAAUGCUGGUGCUGACAACCGUAACGCAUUGUUCGCCUCCCUCAACAAGGGAGCUGAUAUCACUAAGGGCUUGAAGCAUGUGAGCGAUGACCAGAAGACACACAAGAAUCCUACCCUGAAGGGUCAGAGUGGUCCAGUGCGUACUGGACCAAAACCCUUUGCUUCUUCCUCCUCCCCCCGACCUGCUGCGUCCAGCACCCCAACCCGCACACUGCCCCCUGUUCUGGAGCUCGAUGGGAAGAAGUGGAAAGUGGAGAACCACGAGGGAGCACAGAACCUGGUUAUCAGCAACACUGAGCUGAAGCAGGUGGUUUACGUUUUCAAGUGUAACAACAGCACUCUGCAGGUCAAGGGCAAAAUCAACGCCAUCACUGUAGACAACUGUAAGAAAACAGGCCUGGUGUUCGAUGAUGUUGUCGGCAUUGUGGAGCUCAUCAACUGCAAGGACGUCAAGGUCCAGGUCAUGGGUAAGGUCCCCACCAUCUCCAUCAACAAGACGGACGGCUGCCAAGUUUACCUGAGCAAUGACUCUCUGAAGUGUGAGAUCGUCAGCGCCAAGAGCUCAGAGAUGAACAUCCUGGUCCCCAAAAAAGAUGGAGAGUUUACGGAGCUUCCUGUUCCUGAACAGUUCAAGACCGUCUGGGAUGGUGAGAAACUCGUUACCACAGCAACAGAGAUCACCGGAUAGACGGGGCCAGCGUACAAAAUGAGCGCCCCUCCUCGACGCCGCCCCCACCCUUUUUUUUGCA